UAUGCAUGUAUCUUCCACAUACAAGCUAAUUCUACUUGCUUCAAUUUUUAAAACUUUUAUAAGAUCUGACGACUAUGUCGACGAGGCAUUUGCAAAGUGCGAAGAAACAAAAGAUCUACUGUUUUGUGCGAAAUAUGGUUUUGUGAAAUACAUCGACGAACUUACAUACAGUGCUGAUUGGACUGAUCAUAGUUUUGUGAGUGCCAGAAGUAAUGUAAAUGGAAAUCAAACUGAUGAUGAUUAUAAGGGUUACACCAAAGAUGAUGAUAGUUAUAUAAAAUUUUACAAGUUUUUGAGGAGGAAAUUGACUAUUAUUUUGAGCAACCAUUAUCUAGCCAUUGUGCCGUCGAAUAAAAAUGAAUUUCCAAGAGGGAGGAAACUGGAUUUUUCAAAAAUUGACUAUGCAAAAGAUAAAAACUCAGAAUCUGCACGAGGUCAUAAAAAACGUCGCCACUUAUACAUCGUACCCAUCUUAAUGUUGACGAAAAUGAUGAAAAUACUGAUUCUUCUUGGGAUGGUGUUUUCUGCUAUGAUGAUGGUUAAAAAGUUGUUAAUUUUGGCUGCUUUUCUUCUGCCUGGUAUUAUUAGGAACAUUCGAACGGCUUGUCGGAGACGGGGAGGAUUGUUAAGUAAUUUGAUAUAGGUAAACAGAGGAGUUUGGAAUCCGAACUGGAAGAAGUCCGGGAGAUUGGUAUUAAAUUAUUCAGUUGGGGCCUAGUAAUAUUCGUCCUCUCCACGUUGUACUUUAUAUACAAAGCAUCAGUAGCCAUACUUAUUGGUUUCUCGAUCAUUAACUCAGUAUUUUUAGUUGCAUUUGCUUAUAUUCCCAUUAUACUAAGUGAUAUUCAAGGCCAUUGCAACAGAACGCCUUGGUUCUUCAGCUUUUUUACUGGAUAGAUGGCUUUUGCACUUAUCGAAAUUGUAUUAAAAUAUUUUUACAUUAAGUAGUUAAAUAAAAUGUAUUAUAUUAAUUAUUUUACAAACCUCAUGUUAUAAAUGUGAAAUAAAGUAUGUUAUGAUGA